ACAAUUCCACGGGGUGUGUGGGACGAUUUCUUGUCGUCAUCUCGCGAAUGCGAUUCUCUGUGUGGAUUUCGCUGUGUGAGUGAGAGGGGGAGAAAGAGAGUUCUGUUCGUGUUCGCCAGUCGGUCGACUGACCCGCUGGGACCGGUUCUUUCCUGCUGGAAGUCUAACUUUGGUUCUCGACCAGGAUUGUAGCGGUACACAAUCACAUUAGGGACCAUCCUCCGGUACUUGUUUAAGCCAUUGUGUGAUUUGGUGCGCCAGGAGGUGUGCUUUCUCAGAUUGUGUGGGUGUGCGUUUUUUUGUUGGGAUUAUUGAGGUGGGACGGGACUUCCCCGGCAGGAGGUCAAAUUUCGCGGAAGCAGGAUUCUUCCUGUUUUGUGUUUACUUACACGCAGUGAAUUCGUAGGGUGGAUUCUGGCUCUGUGAAGCGAAACAGCCAAGUGAGAAAAGCCCAGAAAGUGUUGGUAGUUCUUCAUUGAAGGGAGAAGCGGAUUCGUGGGAUGAAUUAAAGCCGCAAGGUGAUAUCGACGGCUCCGGAAAGAAGAAGAAUAAAUUCUCAUCGUGUGCCGAGUGUGUUAAAGAGAAGAAUCGGAAGAGUGGAAGAAAAACAUACGAAGCAAGGUGAAUGAGUGCCAGCGUGCGGCAAGGUUUAAUUAAAAUUUCUUGAAUUUUUCAGCUCGGACAGCAAUCGACGAACUUUCGAGUAGUGGAAUCGCUGAUUCAGCCGUUCAAUAAAGUAGAAGAAGAACAACGUGUGCUAAAGUAAAUAUUACACCGUCGUCUCUGCACAAGGAGAAGUCGUGCAACAAUCGCCAUCGGAAAAGUUACUCAGUGUGCAACAAAAGUGCUGAAUGUUUAUAUUUUUUGAGUGGUAAUCGCCACACCGGAAAGCCGAUAUCGAUCACAGCACUUCCAAAGAAGUGCAGCUGUUUCAAAUUCAUUGGAUUAACUUUCAACGCCCAUCUCGGUUUCCACUGGAUGUGCUGUGCGUGGCUCGACCCUCGAAAAGGUUGAUUUGCACUUUUAUCCGCCUGACCAAGCAUUUGCAGCUCGAUUUUCUGCGGCAGAGCCCUCCACAUUGAUAUCGGCGACGAGCAGUGCCUACGGUUGGCUUUAACCGAAUCGUUUAUUGGCAAUAAUAACAGCAGCAGCAGCAGUCAGUGGCAGCGGUAAAACCACGGCCACGCUAGUAGCAUCAACAUACAAAAGGUAAAGGAGAAUCAGCAAUCGAAGGGUACAUGAAAAGAGCAUACCUUUAACCGGAUGGGAAACAGAGAUAAUAGAAAUCUCUGAGGAGCAGCCGUUAACAACAAUCAUAGCCGCCAGUCGCUGUCUUUGGUAGCGAACACACAAACGCACGAGAUGCAGCAUCUCUGACCAAAACAACGAGAUAUAUGUGGAACAACAGGAGACCAAAGUGUACCGUAAUCUAACAACACGCAUAUCUAUUGCCGUAGUGUUUCUUCUCGGUAGUCAUCCAGUCAGAAUAAAGCUAUACCGAGAAUGCCAACGUAGUGGUGUGAGUGGAGAACGUUCACAACGAAAUUAAACGGUCUUCAGUAUGACCGUAAUCAAUAGGGUAAAGUGAAUCACAGAUCGGUAGUGUAGUGUAACAAGGUCAAUGUGAAAUCGAAGAAUUUUACAAUCGGAUGGUAAAGUGGAAACUAGAAUAGUCGGAAAUUCUACAUCCCCGUAGAAUAACAUCGUAGAGUUUAUUCUCAAAUUCGAAUCGAAGAAAGGAGAAGAAGGAGGGACCGAGGUGAUAUUUCGUUUUUGGAAAUAGGCGAUCCCCUUUUUCCCACAACAGCAGCAACAAUGAAUUUACGACAUCAGGAAACGUUUUGUAUCAUACUCUUGCUAAGUACCGUCAGUAUUACCUUCGGGCAGGACUUCCAGUUUGCCAGUGAUAAGGAGGAAGAUGAAGUGCAGCCCAUGCCAGCGGCCGAAUCACUGGAUGUAGUUAGUAAAGCACAACCCAUCAAAUCAAUUUACUCUAAGGAAAAAACGCAAUGUCCGCCUUCGCAGAGCAGGAUCAUGCUGUCGCUGGUGCUCCGGUCGCACAGUUGGGACGAUAUCGUCGAAAAGAAGCGCCAGAAAGCCGUCAACAAACUGUCCAAGUUCUUCCUGAUACCGAAGGAAAACUUCGUGAUCGAUGACGUCCAUCGGACGGACAUUCACGAGAUGACAUCCCGCGCGAUUCAUCGAGGCCGAAACAACCUAAACAGCAACAAGCGCAAGUUGGGACGAAUUGGCUUCUUGAUCGGCUGCGGAAAAACCAUUUUCCCGAGCGAGAAACUGAUUGCCAACACCAUUGGGCAACAGAUGAAGGAACGAGCGCUGGAUGACAUUUCGGGACUGGAAUUCGGCUGGUGGUCCAUUUGGAGUCGCCAUCCCAUGGCAGAGCAUGAACAGCACGAGCGCCAGUCACGCCGGGUGAAGCGACAAAACAACGCCGAUGAUUACGAAAACGAUGAUGACUACGAUUACAACUACGACGAUGAAGAUGAGGCAGAGCCUACCGAAGUUCCUCAGCACGCGCACCGUCACCAUCACGGAGACAGCUCGUCCUCACAUGCGAGCGUUACUAGCAGCGAAAAACACACUAACAAGCAUAUCGACACCGUUGACAAAUCCAGGACUACGGGUGGCGGAGGGCAUAGACAUCACGAAGAACCGAACGAAGAUAAUCAUAUUGUGCCUGCUGGUGUGCUGGACCGAAAGCACCACUCGAACAAAAAAGUAGACUCUCAGACUGAAUCCAACGACCAACAAGAUUUUACUCAGGCCGACAUCCGGGAGAGCGUUUCCCAACUAGAAUCGACAAUCACAAAAACGAUAGAAAACAACGAGCAGUUGAAAAUCGAAGAGGAAAAUUUGUUGGCAAAGAAGUCCUCAAAACAUAAGGCAAUCGAUAUUCAACAGUUCAUAGAAACAGAAAGGAUGCUGCCGGACGUCCAGAAGUUCAAGGGUCGUGACGUUUUUAAGGACGACUACGUGGUUGAAGAUGCGGUAACUCCAGAAGGACACUUGAAGAAAAGUACAACAACCCACGUUCCUCAUACAACUCACAGAAUUUCAACAACGAAAAUGAAAACUCCAUCGUCCACGAAAGAAUCACUCAUUCCCCAUGCCAAAAGUAGAAGCUCGUUUACUAGCUCCAAAGUUGUUCUUCCCAUAACUACAGCUACCACCGAAGCCAUCAGGACAACAUCAGUCGCAAUGACUUCAACGAAAAACUCAAAACCGACAUCCACAACCUUGGUCACGACACCGGCAAUGACCACCAUCAAUGACCCGCCUAACGAGAUUAGUUUAUCCAAUCAAGAUAAGUCCGAAGAAUCCUUAUCAAGAACGACCGUUUCAAUCACGACUACAGUAUUACCACCCAUGACCCAACCGAUGACGACUAAGGCCACUCCGACGACCAUCCAAAUGACAGAAGCUAGUACCUCAGCACCAUCCACGACAACAACCACCCCCACCCCUCGAACUCCACCCCCUACUCCUCUCGCCACGACACCGCCAACCGCCGCAACUACCUCCCCCGCAAUCAAUCGCCUAAACGAGUUCGACGACUCCGACGCCGAAGCUAUCUCCACUGCCGCCAAUAACACUCGCUCCACUAACAACAACAACAGCCACAAACUAAACUACGUCGCACCGGCCCAGGUUGAAACGGAUGAACCUGCUUCCGGUACUGCCACCGCCACCGCCGCUGCUGCUGAGCCCGAGGACCUGGGAGCAGCGAAGACGUCCGAGAAGGAAGAGGAACUACCAACCGUACUACUAUCGUCGAUGGGAACUUCGCCAGUCACGGCGUCGUCUACGAUUUCGAUAACCUCAGCGGCCUCGCUACCAACCGACAGCCACACGGCUACCAAUCCGUUCAGGAACGUGGCAACAACCACGUCAUCGAACCAACCCGAACUGUCCUUCGGACUGGACGAAGAACCCGAGGGAGAAGACGGAGCCGAAGAGGAAGAAGAUGAAUACGAAGAUACGGUCAUCAUUACGGAACUUCCCAAUUCCGUAGCCCCAGCAGCCCCGGCUACUACCACGAGCACUACGGCUCCAACAACUGCAACCGUACCAACCACCACAAAAACAACCACGGAAGCCGAAACGGAGGCUACUACCACUCCUUGCUCAAUUCCUACGACUCCAACGGUUGAAUCGCUACCACGGUCUCUUCCCGAUACCAGCACUCCGGUAGCAGUAACCACAACAACAACAGCCACAACAGAGACACUACCGCCUACUACAACACAGCUUGAACUCGUAACAGCGCCAAGUGUGGUUUUUGUUGAAACUACCACCGCCGCUACUAGUGCCACUGCUAUGACUACCUCUUCUACUACUACUACUAGUCUUGAACCAAAGGCCACAACUCUACCAACCGUAAGUAGUAGUAGCAGCAGCAGCAGCAACAGUAGAAGCAGCAACGCUCCAACGAAACAGCAGGAACCCAAGGAGGACUACGACAACUACGACGAAGAGUACGACGAUGAGAUUGAAGAGGAACCGACGACGGUCGCUGUUCCCACUGGACGGCAGCAGUCCGGUAACGUACAACCGGCUGUGGUCAGCACUGAGUCUUCAACAACCGAACAGCCAACGACUACUCCGGCAACAACCACCGUCCUGGCUCCAACCACAACUUCAUCAACAACCACCACGACUACGACUACAACGACAACGCCGGCUCCAACAACAACAACUUCCACCACUAUGGCCACGACGGAAGUGGACGAACCUACCAACAUGUAUCCCAUCAUCAAGAACCGCAUUCAGAAGCAGGCCAUCAUUGCCGGCAAGGUGUUCAGCCUUACGGUGCCGCAGGAUACGUUCCUCGAUACCGAAGACGGUAACAAUCUACGGCUCGAGCUGUUCGACAGCCACGGCCAUCCACUCAAGAACAACUCCUGGAUACAGUUCGACGUGGAGACGCGCGAAAUCUACGGCCUUCCGCUGGAGAAGGAUGUUUCCAAAUGGCACUACAUCUUGCAAGCCACCGAUUCCGGCGACAAGUCGGUCAACGAAACGGUCGACAUCUCCGUUCAGCAACACAAGUCACACCGUAGUGUGAACCAUGAAAUUAGCUUGGCUCUCAAGUUACAACGUAAGUUCGCUAGAAACGUAGACUGGCAAAUCCAAAUCAUCCGAGGUAUCACCAAAGUGCUUGGAGAUGCUUCCGUCUCCAAUGUAGUGGUCCGCGAGGUCCGAAACAGCAUCCAGGAUCCAAACCUAGCCACAUUUGUUUACACUAACGAAACUUUGCCAAAGGAUCGCUGCCCCGAAGAGAUGCUGGACGAACUGGUCGCUCAGCUCACCGAAAACGCUCUCAACGAUGUGCUGAAUCCGGAUAUCAUGGUCAAGUCCGUUCUGGGUCAGCAAAUUGGACAGUGCAUGAAGUCCGUGAUUCCGAAGGUUAAACCAACCCAGAGCAUUGCCACGAAGAACUAUGCACCCACUACACGAAAUCAGGUGGACCGGGUCAACGCUACGGUUGGCCAUCUCCUCGUUUACAAAGUGCCAGCUGAUACCUUCUACGAUCCGGAAGAUGGAAAUGAUCUGAAGCUGAAACUGUUGACCACCGAACGAAACCCGUUGGAUCAUCAUCAUUGGCUGCAGUUCGACUCGAAGAAUCAGGAAUUCUUUGGUGUACCUCAACCCCAGGAUGUUGGUCAGAAAGAAUACCUCCUGAUUGCCGAGGAUCGCGAGGGCUUGACAGCUACCGAUGCCCUGGUUGUGGUAGUCCACCAAGCUCACUACAAACGUGACUACAGCGUCCUGUUUGAGCUUACCUUGGAUACCACGCAGGAGCAAUUCAGUACCGCCCAAUCCCAGCGAAGGUUUAUCGAGCGACUAGCCAUGGUCUUUGGCGACUCGCAUACAAACUAUAUCCAAAUUCGUAAGGUUCAUCCAAUGCGUCACGUUGAUCAAGUUCAGGUGACCUUCUUCAACACCACACUUUACCGUCAACAUCAACGCUGUCCGGAUGAAGAAAUCGAAGCCCUGCGGAACAUGUUGCUCUACCAAGACGGAACCGUCCGUACCAAAGUUCGAGAUAUUCUUGGACAGGAGUUCAACCUCGUCAAUAUGAGUAUGAUUCCGAUGGGCACCUGCCAGGGCUUCGAUACUCCCAUCCACGUGACGAACGAACCUGAGAAGGCUAUUCCUCCUCCAAUUGCCAAGGACGAUUACCUGCUAACCGUUGUUCUCCCAGCUGUGAUCAUCCUGGCGAUGCUCCUAAUAGCCUUCAUCAUUGCCUGUAUCCUCUACAGGCGGCGGCUCACCGGCAAGAUGGAACUUGAAUAUAUCAAUUUCCAACCUAUCGCAUCCCAAUCCAAUCAAGGUACCGAUGAGGAACGGAAAUCGUUCCGCUCCAAGGGCAUCCCGGUGAUAUUCCAGGACGAGCUGGACGAGAAGCCGGAGAUCGGCAACAAGUCGCCGGUCAUACUGAAGGACGAGAAACCGCCGCUGCUGCCGCCGUCCUACAGCAGCACCAACAACGAUGGUGAAAACGAAGACGUCGACGAGUACGUCCCACCGCCGGCCGUGGUCAUGGGUGGCCGCGAACCCCGAGGUAAGUCCCCGGUCACCCCGUCAUACCGAAGGCCCCCGCCGUAUGUGUCCCCUUAGAAGCGAGCCAAUCGUAGUGCCACCAGCACUGCUAGCACCACAACGUCCCUCUCCAGCAACAAUAGUUUCAACAACAACAGCAAUGGCGGGCGGAAGCAGCCACAGGUACGUAGCUAGACAGGGGUAGGAGCACUACGAUGGAACAGGAGCGAGCGCUUCUCCUAGAGGAGCGUCGCGCGUCGUCACUCACAUAAAUGAUGAGAUCCGGUUUGAAAUGAGUUAUUUGAUCGAUCGCGUGUAGGAAGAAAACAGGAAGGGUCCCCCACAAAUGUUUUAUUUUUUCUGAUAGGGAAAAAGUCUUUCGAUGGGGAUUCGAUUUUUUUAGGAAAGAAGCAAUGAGACAGAAGUUUCAUAUUUUUGUAAAGAAGUGAAUCGAUUUAUAGUCAUCUAGAGGGUAAUUAAGAUUUGAAAUUUGAUCUUUGCAUGAAGAAUGCAAACGAAAAAAAACUGAGCACACAAAAACCUAGCUUUAGCCGAUAUAAGUUUUGCGUUUAGGUUCAGAAGCGAAUCAGUUUGUUUUUCCCGGCUCGAUUAAGCUCGAAAUAAGUUUUAAUAAAAAUGUUUCCUCAUUUUACCGAAGAAAAUGUCUUUCCCAUCUCUCGUUAGAUCUUGUUGUGAUGCGGAGCACAACGGGAGAACCACGCACAAUCAAGUUUUUUAGGAUGUUAUUAUACCCGUCAGAAGCAGUGCGGCGGCAGUGCUGUCUGCCUGUUCAAGAGCUUAUGAUGAUAGACGAACAUGUAAAGAAUUUCAGUUUAGUUCUCGACGAAAUCAAUUGGCUUUUAGAAAAAGGAAAAAGUUAGAUAUUAGUGUACGUAAAACAGAAUCACACUUAAUACUCACAUAGCGGAUGAGCAGAUGAAAUAUUUGAUUUAUUUUUGUGAUGAAUAGAUCAUUAAGGUAAUUGAAACGAUCACUUCGAAUUGAAUAGAUACUUUUUAAAAGUGGUGUGAUACGUAUCUCAACUGUUUCGGUAUGAUGAGCGUUAUUCAUUUCAUGAAAAAGAUGGAUGAGAUGCGUUAGACAAUCGUUAGUAACUUAUUCAAUUCGAGUGGCUUAAAAACUAUUAUUGAAGGCAUAUCAUUCGAAAUUUGCCAGUCAGGUUUCACUCGACUCAUCGCGUAAGUCUAAUGCAUCUUUGAAGGUAACCCAUAAGUUACUCAUUGGCUACGCGACCUGGUAUGUUGAUUUUGGUGAUUCAUCAACAGUAAAAAAUCAAAUGGCACAACUGCUCAUCUGUUCAUGUUGAUCAUAUUUGAUAUAUGCCCGCGCAGCACUCGUUCUAACAAUAUUGGAUGAAUCCUUCAUAAAUGUUGUGCAGCAGUGAAACAGUGAAAAGUGUGAAUAAUGUAAUUUCAUAAAUUACAAUAAGGAAAGGAUCAAUCGAUUGCAAGCAUGUAAACUAAAUUAGGUGUAUCCAGCGAUAACGAAAUUCUGAUUAAAACAUGUCUAUUUUGAUCUGAACGGAAGGAACUCACAACCAGGAAACAUAAAAAUGAAGCGAAGUCCGAGCUUUUGGAAAUCAUGCUUUAGGAUUCCGUCGGUAUUUUGAAAACUAAAGAUCUGGGAUGACUGAAUAAGGGCUGCAUUUACGACGGCCGUAAACUAGACUGUACGACCGUACUGUAUUUUUUUAAUUCAGCUUUUUCAUAGAAAACUUAUAUUUUGAUUUCAUCGAACUGUGAACUGCGUUUCUCUUUGCAUAAUUUUUAUAACACCGUGAUGGGCACCAACUUUUUAUACUAAAUCUUCUCUUCAUAAGUGGAAAUUCAUUCAUUAUGAAAUAAUCUAGAUAC